UAUACACUACAAAAUAUGAAAACAAACCUGUUUCUUUGGUUGGCUGUCAACUUCACUAUCAGAGUGCCAGUGUUAGUUUUAUCAACAUGAAUUAAGAAGGAAAGAAAAACAUAUUUUUAUAAAACCCAUCAGUGAAUUCAAACUUAUGAACUUAUAGUAGAGGCAUCUAGUUUUAUCCCUUGAUAAAUAGUAUCAUUCACUUAUCGGUUUGGUGUCAAUUGACGUUGGGUUACGCGGUUACCUAAGCGAAUCAAUGUGUAGGAAUUCAACAUUUCCAAUUGAUAGGAAGUCAUGAUACCAAGGUUAUCUCUAAAUCUGCUGAUGCUUGUGCUUGCGAACAGCAUUUGUUAUCACAACACCGAGGCCAGUACGCAUUGGUUGCUGAACACCAAUGGACAAAUCAUACCACAGCUCACCUCGCCUUUCUACUUACGCCGGUCUUACGAUUUGAUCGCAUUUCUCAACCAGAAUGUGUACAAGCAGAAAAUAGAUCUGAUUAUUAGCGAACUGUUAGCGAUUAAGUCAAAUCUCACCGCGAAGAUGAACAAUCUGGAUGCGUACACGAACGAUCUAACGAACAAGAUCGGAUGCAUACCGAACUUCUAUCUGGACGAAUCGGACAUUCUCAGUACGAUCAUCAAUAUGAACUACAUUAACAGAAUCACGGUUCCAGACCGAGGGUCAGCUGCUGCCGGCGCUGCUAUCAGCUCCCGCGCGGUCGAUGUGAAAGAAAAGAUUCCCUCGCCGAAAUGCGGAGACUAUAUGAAGCUUGAUUUUAGUGUGGCCAGUUUCGAUCAUCUGGACGGGGUCGCUAACCGAACGCAGCUUAAAAUGGCUCCGGAGGAAAUGUUUAAAUCCCUAGAAUACUACGUUCCCUCCGUGAAGUCGCCACAGGUGCUAGCCGACGAUCUGCGUAAAAAUCCUCAAUCAUGGAAGUACCACACGAUUGCAUCGUACUAUUGGCGCAAGAAAGGAAAUGGUAGGGAAGCCAUGGAGUGUGUCCGCCGAGCGAUCGUUCUAGCGCCUCGUAAAUACAAGGAUAUCCCAUUAUUAAGCAUGGGCACGAUUUUGCAGCGAUCACAGUACGUAAACGACUCGUUGGUAGUACUGCGGGCAGCAGUCGACCACGAACCGAACGAGCCGGAAAAUCAGAUGGCCCUGGGCAACACCUACAUGCUACUGUCCGAGUUUAAUCGCUCGUUCGAGGCCUACCGGGCGGCGGAAAGUCUAGACUCGGUGUAUGCCGAGCACAACGAUUACAUCAAGAAGUCGAUCAAUUGUUUUAAAGAUCUCAAAAUCAACCUGCUUACGAUGGAAAGAUUGCUGCAGGAUAUAAUCCCGGGCUUAGAGCGGUACGGGUCUCUCCAGAAAGAAUUCGACGAGUACCACGAAAAACUAGAUAGGGAACAGGCGCCUCUCAAGACGCGCGUAUUCGACGAAGCGUACAGCAAACAGGUCGACUUUCUGAUCCAGCGUAGCCAGAUCUGCACAACGCGGAUGACGAAGGAGAAGAGCGAACCGAUUCUCAGCUGUGACUUCAUUUCCGACGUGCAGAUGCUGAUGGAGGACUUCGCCGUCGAAAUACUGAACAACUACGUGGACCUGAAGAAGGAGCUCAUCAAUACGUACAAAAUCAACUCGCUUGGUAUCUACAAAAAAAUUUUUGUCGAACACUUCUGAUAGAUUUUCAGGGUGGGUGGGCAAGGUGAAUUUGUGCGUGUUCCACGUUGCUUUGUUUUAUAGAAAAGUAUAACUAUUGUCUUCUUAUUUAAAUAAAACAUAAAAAUGAAAUCAACUGCAAUGGUUCGUACAAAACAUGAAAAAAUAACAGAAUUUAACGGUGUAAAGCACAA